UCAAAUUGUGAGGCUUGUGGGUCAGCGGAGACUGAGCCCCCCGAGGGGGGGGGGAGAUUAGCGUCCAUGGACAGCGACGCCACCCUGGACGGGGAGGUGGAUCACUCCUUCUUCGACAGCGACGGCGAGCGGCCCCCGAGAGCACCGGGGCCGGGACAGGGGCCGGAGAAAGACGCCGAGUAUUCCCGGACGGUCAGCUCGACAGCCUGUUCCUCCUCCUCAGCCUCCCGUUCCUCCUGCUCCUCGCUGUCGUCGGGCAGGGAGUUAGUCCACUACCGCACCAAGAGCCCGGGCUAUGCCAGCGACAGCAGCAGCAAGAGUAGGAGCAGCAGGAGUAGGAGCAGCAGCAGCUCUGGCCGCGACGAGGCCGGGGACCGGGCCGGUCGCAGCCGCAGCCGCAGCCCCAGCCCCCGGGCAGCGCCGGUCAUCCGCUGGCUGCACAGCAGGACGGGCCAGACCCGGGCCGAGCAGCCGCUCUCCAACCCCGACUCCGACAGCUCCGCCUCGGCCCGCUCGUCCUCCGACAAGUGGCAGAGGACUCGGCUGUCGGCCAAGACGAGGACCGGCCGCAGCCACGACUUGUGCCGCCCCAAGAAGCGGCUGCCAGAGGCGGCGGUGGCGGUGGCGUUGGCGGCCGGCGCCAGGAAGCGGCACGAAGACGAGCAGAGCACGGUGACCGACGUGACUCCACUCUCCAGCCCGGCCCGCAGCCCCGUGCGGCCCGCCGACCACCAGAGCGAGGAGCCCAAACCCAAACCGCGUAGGAAAAGGAGCAGCAAGAAGCAGGAGAACGUCAGCCAGGCGAUCUACAACAGCCUGGACCGCAUGAGCGUCGAUAAGGAAAAGGGCGAAGGCGUGCACAGAAGAGCACGAAAGCAGAAAAAACCGAGAGAAACGAAGUCUUGCAAUCUCAACUCCAAGACAAGUUCUAUGGAGUACAAGAGACCGGAUCAAAGAAUUGGCCAGAAAAUCCUAAAUGAUGCUACUGACCUGAACCAGUUAUUGAGAGCAAUGAUGCAUUUAGAGAGGAAAGAGCUGCGAAAAAUAGUUUCUGAUUUUCCAGAACAAAGGCAAAAGAAAAACUACACCUUCAGUAACGAGGAAGCUAAGCGGAUCGAUCGUGAAAAUCAGAGACUGUUGCACGAACUAACCCGGAAAGCCACAAGGCCACCGGUCAAGCCAAAGAAAAUAUCAGCUGAGACGGUUCGCGUCUACCACAGCACUCUGAACAGACAGCGGGAGCAGGAGCGAAUCGAAAGAGAAAACUUGGCUUUUCUGAAGAGAUUGGAGGCAGUGAAACCGACAGUAGGACUAAAACGCUCUACUCAGUUGUAUGAUUAUCAGCGGCAGAUGGCUUUCAUGGAGUCCUAUUCUCAACACAGCAGACCUUCAACACGAGGGAGCAUGUCAAGGCUGAGUUCAAGAUCAUCGGUCCACAAGAAUGUUCAUCUGGUGUCUAAUUGAAGUGUCUGAGAUUCAGUUGAGCUGCUCAUCUGUUGUGCGUAGCCUUGGGAAAUAUUGAACAGGACUUAACUCAUUGCUACUAUUGAACUGACUGUGUAUUCUGUGGCUGCUGUAUGUUUGAGACCAUUCUUAAACUGUAAUUUAAACAAAAGGCUUUGACUUUAUCUUUGUUCUACUGGGUGUAUAUGAAAUGUGUGCUUUAUAUAUUUGCCGUAUUUCUCAACUUUGUAAAGUGAUUGAUUUUGAACCUUUUUUUUAAAUUGAACAUUAAUCUGGAUUAUUUAGUCUUUUUCUAAUAAAGUGUGAAAUUUACAGUUCUUUGAAAAUAUUACAGUACGGCAUUGUGUAAUGUGUACAUGAAAAGAAAUUAAGUUGAUCUUAAGACUGGACUGAAAAUGCAGUAAAGUGUAAUUGCAUUGUUCAUUUUGCGUUGGAACAGAUAAUAAAUUUUAUAUUCUAUAAAUGACAGCAAGAAGGUGUGUUUUAACCUGACAAUUUAAUGGUUAAAGUGAGUAUUGUCCUUGAUACUGAGCUGGUGAUUCUCUUGAUAGAACAGUCUGUUAGGGGGAAUAUAUCUUUGCCAAACUCUCGCACUGACCUCACAGGCAAGGUGCUGCUCUGCCAACAAUCAGAUCAACACCAGUGUGUGAAGAGAGAGUACAGUCCAAAACUAACGGGUUGCUUAAGGUAAUCUGACUCGUCAUUAAUUCUUCAACUGAGGGAACUUCCAGUGAAAUCGUGCAAAUGCUUGUAUCCAAAAUAAUUCACUUGAUGAGAUUCUUCACACGUGCACUAGUUAAAAUGUAGCAAUGGUUGGGAUUUUCCAGAAUUGCCUGUUUCCAUCUGCUUUGUCAUCUGCUUUAACCCUGUGGAGACUUCAUCCAAAAAAUAUUCACAUCUCUGUUGGUGCUACGUUAGUAAUUGUGCGUAAUUGUAACCGGUACAGUAUCACGAUAGGGCAAGACCGAUGAAGCGAUGGAAGUUAAGGUGGAGAUGAAAGGGGAAAUUCCUAUCAAGCAACAGACUGCAUUUCUUCCAUACCAAGAGAUGUUGGAAGAUAUUGCAAGGGUCAAUGUAAAGAUGACAAUCACUUGUCGGGCUUGUCCAGACUUUAUCCAUUCCUCCAAAAGAAACUAAUGAUAUAGAGAGCAGAGAACCUAUAAUUGAAGUUUUUUAAUGUAUAAUUUUCACUUAUAUGUACUAUCCAAUAAAGGCAAUAAAAUAUAAUAGUGAUAUAUGAAAAUA